AUGAACGUUCUCAAGCUUCAGAGGAAAUUUCCUCAAUUCCAACAGAAUGAGAUCUUUGAACUGAGCAAUGCCUUCCGCAACCUCGAUGUCGAUGACAAGGGCUACGUCGACGAGGCCACGGCCAUCAAGGCUACACAGGCGAGCGAGCGUCAGCCAUACGACGUCGUACGCCAAGCUCUAAAGGAGGUGGACCUCGACUCGUCGCGGCGCGUCGAGCUCGAAGACUAUGUCGGCCUCAUCGCAAACCUCCGCAGUGGCGCUGGCGACCCCAAGCGCAUCUCCACCGGCGCCUCGCCGCUCCCCGGCCCGGCGUCACCAAAGGCUGGCAUCGUUUCCCAGCGGACAGGCGGCGCCGGCGGCGGCCAUGCCUCCAAGGGCAGCGUCAGCGGCAAGAUCCACGUCCAGGGAUCCAACGCCAAUACCACCCACACCAUCAACGAGGACGAGCGCACCGAGUUCACCCGCCACAUCAACGCCGUCCUGGCCGGCGACCCGGACAUUGGCAACCGCCUGCCCUUUCCCACAGACACCUUUGAGAUGUUUGACGAGUGCAAGGACGGCCUUGUCCUGGCCAAGCUCAUCAACGACAGCGUGCCUGACACCAUCGACGAGCGUGUGCUCAACGUUGCCGGCCGCAAGACAAAGACCCUGAACGCAUUCCAGAUGACCGAGAACAACAACAUUGUCAUCGAGUCCGCCAAGGGCAUCGGCUGUUCCGUCGUCAACAUUGGCAGCGGCGACAUCAUCGAGGUGCGCGAGCAUCUGAUUCUUGGCCUGAUCUGGCAGAUCAUCCGCCGUGGUCUGCUCGGCAAGAUCGACAUCAAGCUGCACCCGGAGCUGUACCGCCUGCUGGAGGACGGCGAGACCCUCGAGCAGUUCCUGCGCCUGCCGCCUGAGCAGAUCCUGCUGCGCUGGUUCAACUACCACCUCAAGGCCGCCAACUGGCCCCGCACCGUCUCCAACUUUUCGUCGGACGUCAAGGAUGGCGAGAACUACACGGUCCUGCUCGCCCAGAUCGGCCACGAGUACGGCUGCACGCGUGCGCCGCUCCAGACCCGCGACACCCUGCAGCGCGCCGAGGAGGUCCUCCAGAACGCCGACAAGCUGGGCUGCCGCAAGUUCCUGUCGCCGACGUCCCUUGUCGCCGGCAACCCCAAGCUGAACCUCGCCUUUGUCGCCAACCUGUUCAACACGCACCCCGCCCUCGACCCCAUCACCGAGGAGGAGAAGGCCGAGGUGGAGGACUUUGACGCCGAGGGCGAGCGCGAGGCGCGCGUCUUCACGCUGUGGCUCAACAGCCUGGACGUGCAGCCCGCGGUGCAGUCGUUCUUUGACGACCUGCGCGACGGCACCAUCCUGCUGCAGGCCUACGACAAGGUCGUGGCCGGCUCGGUCAACUGGCGGUUCGUCAACAAGCGGCCCGCGAGCGGCGGCGAGGUCAUGCGCUUCAAGGCCGUCGAGAACACCAACUACGCCAUCGAGCUCGGCAAGCAGCUCGGCUUCUCGCUGGUCGGCAUCCAGGGCGCCGACAUUACGGACGGCCAGAAGACGCUGACGCUCGGCCUCGUGUGGCAGCUGAUGCGCCGCGACAUUACGGUGACGCUGUCGUCGCUGGCGCAGCGCCUGGGCAAGAAGGAGAUUACGGAUGCCGAGAUGGUUCGGUGGGCCAACGACAUGUCGCGCAAGGGCGGCCGCAACUCGACCAUCCGCUCCUUCAAGGACCCGGCCAUUGGCACGGGCGUGUUCCUGCUGGACGUGCUCAACGGCAUGAAGAGCAGCUAUGUCGACUACGACCUGGUCACGAGCGGCCGCAACGACGAGGAGGCGUACCUCAACGCCAAGCUCAGCAUCAGCAUUGCUCGCAAGCUGGGCGCCACCAUCUGGCUGGUGCCCGAGGACAUUUGCCAGGUGCGCUCGCGCCUGGUCACGACCUUCAUUGGCUCGUUGAUGGCGACGCACGAGAAGAUGACGUGA